AUGAGCAACGUGGGCGGCGUCGAGCCUUUGGGCGGGCCCCGCGCCUACGGCUUCGUACCCCGCCACGCCCGCGAUGCCGCCUUCACCGACGGCAAACUCACCUUCACCACGCAAAGCGGCAGUGAGUCCGCUGGCCCGGAGGAGAUAAUUUUCAUUCUUCCCGCGAGCAGCAAUCCGGUCUCGGGUCCCAUUUUCUGCGUCCUCAAAGAAGACCCCGAGGCUAAGGAAUCCCCUUAUCAGCUCGACAUCAUACUGCUCGUCGAGGGCGAGCUGCCUGCCGAGCUCACGAGCCACAACCUCCUGCUCCCGCAAUUUCCGGAUCAUCUCACUCCCAGGCCGGAAAGUCACGACGUACACUUUGUCGUUUCUACCAAGUCUGGCUUGGGUCACGCGCCAAAGUUCUGGGACGGCGUCGUUCAGCCUCUGGUCCUGCUCGCCGGCCAAAAGACGACGUCUGGAGAAUUGGCGUCCACUUUCUCUCCAGAAGGUCUAUCAGCUCAUGGCCUGCCUUCCAGCUUCAAUAUCCUAAUAACGGAAGAAGCCGACAGCGUUCGAAAGUUCGCAAAGGAGAGGUGGGCCGCCAGACAAGCCGCCUCGAGCUCCGCCUCCUCGCCCCGGACAGAGACCAUCGUCCUCCUCAGCGGUGACGGCGGCGUCGUCGAUCUCUUGAACGGGUGCGAGGAGGAGGAGAAGAAGAAGAAGGAGAAGGAAACAGGAUCAUCCACCGCCACCACAACCCUGCCCACCCUCGCCCUCUUACCCCUCGGCACGGGCAACGCCUGCUUCCACUCCCUCCACAAACCCCUCUACGCCGAAAAGGGGCCCUCACACAUGGUCCUCGGCCUCCGCACCCUCUUCUUCGGCACCUCGCGCCCGCUCCCCAGUUUCCGCGCCUCCUUCUCCCCCGGUGCCCGGCUCAUCUCUUACACGGCCGAUCCGGGCCCCCAUGCGCCACCUCUAGGCGAGAGGGACGGCGACGGCCAAGGUGACGACGAGACGGCGCUCUCCCGCCACGACACGAGCGUCGACCACCUCUUCGGCGCCAUCGUCGCCAGCUACGGAUUCCACGCCCAGCUGGUCUGGGAGAGCGACACGCCCGAGUACCGCAAGCACGGCGACAAGAGAUUCGGCAUGGUGGCGCAGGAGCUGCUCAAGGAAAGUCACGCGUACGUCGCCACAGUCGAGGUGCGGUCUCCGGGGGCAACGGGCAAGCAGAGGAGGCGCGUGGAGCGCGAGAGAUUCGGGUACGCCCUCGCGGCCAUGGUUUCGAAUCUGGAAAAGACGUUCACGAUCGCACCGGACAGCGGACCGUUGCAGGGGGGGUUGAAACUGGUGCACUUCGGGGCCGUGGGCGGGGAGAAGACGAUGGAGAUCAUGAUGGCUGCGUACAAGGAGGGAGCGCAUGUGGGUAUGAAGUGGACGGACGCGGAGGGGAGGGAGGACUAUCUCGGGUACGAGGACGCGGAGGAGGUUCGGGUGACGAUUGGGGAGUCGGAUCCCCGAUGGCGGAAGGUGUGUGUUGACGGGACGAUUGUUGAGAUUCCCGAGGGCGGAUGGAUGGCUGUUGAGACGCUGGAGAGGCCGCUUUUUGGGAUUCUUGCUGAUCGCUCGGUAGUGUAG